GACACACAAUGGGCGAUAGCAGCACCGCCAUUGGAUAUUGACCGACAAUUGAUCACAUCAUACUACUUACUGUCUACUCGCUCCCUGGCACUGCGUGCUCGUUCCUCGAGUGCUCUCCCUCUUCCGAUGAGCCUGCUGCCAGUGGAAAUAUGGGACAUGAUAAUUCAAAACGUGCCCCAACAUCAUCGGCCUACGUUACUCGGAGUAUCUCGGCUGUUCCAUGAGAUUGCCCUUCGCUCCGUUUUCUCAACAGUCAAGAUCUUCCUGGUCCAUGGCGAGCCUGGCCUCUUGAUGUUGAAUACUGAGAGCGAGCGAUACGUUGAGGAUGUAUCUGACCACCGCUUCAACGAGUCCUGGGAUAUCCUGCACUGUAUCAUCACCGACCCCCUUUUUGCGAGUGUGGUUCGGACAAUGAGUGUCCAUGCGUUUACGGAUGGACCUGCCAUCUUCGAACAAAGAACUGUGGCUCAAGCUCUCCGUGCAAUGCCUCAUCUGCAAUCUUUCCACUACUUCGGUGAUUGCCCUGACGUGUCGGCCAUUGUAUCUGCAUUACCUGAAAAACUCGAGAGGUUACGCAUUCAAUUUACACCAUCAUCGAGCCUGUUCGGCGAACUAUCCAACCUACGCAACUUUCAGCCAGCCAUUCCCUUCGGUUACGUUCAGGAUCAGCAAGUAGACGGAAUCUUCUCAGAGUGGAAUUAUGGAUUUGGGCGAGCUGAAGACGCGAUGGAGAUCGUGAACGGGUCGCCAAAUAUCGGGGAAGUCACCCUUCUGCCUGACCAUCUGCCCUUGCUCUCAGUUCGAGUCUGUCACAUGCUCACGACUUUGGACAUCUGUGUGCCCCAGGGCUACGGAGAACUUGUCGGACUGGAACUCGUCUUCCGGCACGCCGUCGCAUUAACUUCGCUGUCGUUGGUGGGCUACAUGGAACCGCAGGCCUUCGAGGUGAUCCCUCGGGAUGCCUCUGCCCUGCCGUCUCUCACUUCCUUUCGGUUAUCCUGUGAGUCCUGGGAUCCUGACUCCACGACGCUCAAUCUUCCGUACAUAUCGGACUUUCUCGAGAGCCGCCAGUCAUUGCGCCGAUUAUACCUUCGCCUGCCGGACAUCCGAGUGUCGUUGGCACUGGGCGUUUUCGCCACAAUAUCAAAAAUGAGAGGAUUGCAGGUCCUCGGAUUCCAUGUAGGAUGCUUGGAAACUUUCGAUGGGCAAUGUGCAGAGCUCCUCGCCAGCGGGCUAUCGCUCAAACUGACCGCUCUGCAACUCGUUUUGCCCUGGCGAGGAGAUCUGCAUCUCAAGAUGUGGACCCCGAUCUUGUGUCCAACCGCUUACCCUAUGGUCGGGAUGUUCGAACGCCCCAGCGUCCCACUCCCUCCGACGCCGUACCACAUCGAUCUGCUUCCGUUCAGUCGGCCGGGAGAAACCAUCGCCAUGCGCAAAGAAUCCGGUGUGCCAUCGAACGCGUCGAGGCGCGCCUCGACGAAGAACGGCUCAAGGCUCACGCCAUCGUCCACAUGGGCUCCAAAUUUCCUGUCGCUUGAUAGACGGGUUCUCCGUCCACCAUCUGAUCCUUCCACUCCAAGGCGCCGAAAUGCUCGCAAGACACAGCAUAGACCGCGUUGGCGAGAAGAUCGGGCCGUUCUGCCAUCCAGAGCGAUUCGUUGAGGUGAUGCCCGGACAUGUGUCCAGUCGUGACCACGAAGCUAUUCAAUUGCGGCUUCAAUGUGGCGAAAUACUCGGCCAUGGUCAACAACAGGAUCGGUCCGUUUUCUUCGAUGAUCGACGGUCCGUCGCCUAGGGGGGAGUAGAAUGAUUGUUGCAUUCGUGUUCGCGGUGCCGUUGAGAUGGCCGAUCACCGUCUGAGUUGGGGAGAAGGUACUCGGCGCAUAGAGCACGAGAUCUGCGGUGAGGACUUGAUCGUCCCGGAGCAAGCCGCGAAUCAUCUCGCCCGUGGAAUUUCCGACGUAGAGCGCCGGCACGUCAAAAAGCUCCGUAGCUCCGGGCGCACCGUCGUCCGGAAGGAACUGCAAAGCCGCAUCCUCGUCUGACGUGUGGACCCAGGACGAGAUCGCCCCGACGACACCCAUCUCGCGGAGGGCAGUCCAGUUGAGUGUCUUCGCCGAUUGCCAAUGGGGGUUAGUCAGGUUUCCUAGCUGUGGAGUCCCAGCGGCCCCAAUAUCCCGUGAUGUCCUGCAGCGUGUUGGCACCUGGCGCUUCUGAGUGCCACAAAUUCGACGUACCCGAGCAACUGAUAGCCAGGUUCCGAAUAAUUGUGCGUCGGGCUCGGGUUGUCAAAGAAGAUGAUCGCGCCGCUCGGGGGAAACCUCGUCAAGUUGAGUGUGCUCGGGUCGGCAUCCAUGUUUGGGAACAUUCCAAAGGUCCCGGCGUCCAUGACGGGUGCGGUGAUGCCCCUCAGUCCGCUGUUUCCCGAGUACGGCCAGUAUCCGGUGGUGGGGAUUCCCAAUUUGGUCCCGUUCUUGAGCGUGAAGCUCAGAGACCACCAUUGGGCAUCCCAUCUAGAUUAUGGUGUAGUUCAGAGUGUCGACCUCGAGCCCCGCAAUGAUCAUCGAAUUGGCCACCAGUGCAGUCAAGGUAUUCUGGUUGUCAUUUCCAGCUAUUCAGAUGAGCAUCACCCAGAAAAUGGACAAAGGACGGGACGGACUCCAUCGCGGGCCUCGGAGAUUCGUCUGGAAUAAACGGUCUGUGAGGAGUUGCUGCUCGGCCUGGCCCAAGAAAUCAGGGGUGGCGGUAGCGAGACCGCUCGCACACAGGAAGAGAAAGCCGGCAGCGGGUGUUUUCAUUUCGGGCUGGGCGGCUGGACGUUCACGGAACUCAUCACAAGACCCUUGCGUUUAAAUAUCGCUCCUCGAAUGCAAGGCCAGUUAUGGUAAGUACAUUCUGACAGGCCUGACCUUUCAUCAUGAUUCUGGACUUGAAUAACCUCUCGUGCGAGUAAAGUCGUCGCAGAGAUGGAGUCAAUGCAGUUGUUGGUGCAUCAGCCCACGUUCGGAACCGCGGGAGCGAGUUGCUCUCGGUCGCUUUAUGUCGUUUUCAUCUCGCCCGAAACUCGUGUCAACUCCUGGUCGCUGCGAAUGCUACGGAGACGGAGGAGACAAGUUUAUUUUGAGGAUGUCUCGGGGCCUGUCACCUGACAGCACCUGACCGUGCCGGUACGAGGACAUGUCAUAUUAUUAGACACACGCAGUGCCACUUUUGCUUGGUCCGUGUGCGUAUAUACGCCCAUUGAGCUGACGGCGAUGAUGUAU